AAACCAUUCAUUACUCAUAACUAGAUCAUUGACUUUGGUAGUCUCUUUUGGCAUGGUGAUUAUGUUAUGGGAAGAGGAAUUAAAAUCUGGCGCUGUUUGUAAAGGUGUAACACAUAAAAUCCAGUGAUUGCUGGUCCCAGCACAUCUGGAAACUCCUGCAAGGCCUCAACGACAGAAAGCCCAGAGACAGCAAGUAAACCCUUUCAUGACCCUUGACCACCAGAUCAUCAACCAGACUCUUAAACAGUCACAACCCACCGUGCCAAGCAGUGCACUUCUGGUACAGCAUGGACACACAACACUGGAUAGUGAUGCUGGCCUCACAGAAAAUCCACUCACCAAAUUACUAACUCUUGGGAGAGAAGGUGACAAUGUGGAAUGGCAUAUGGAGGACGUUAUUGAGGAUGUAAUCAGUAUGGAAUCAAGUUUUAAAGAGAAAGGAACAGACUCUCCUCUGCUAAUGCAAAGAACAUUAUCUGGAAGUAUUUUGGAUGUGUAUAGUGGCGAGCAGGGAAUUUCACCAGUUAAUAUGGGGCUUACGAGUGCUUCCUGUCCAAGCAGUCUGCCAAUGAAAAGAGAAAUUACAGAGACUGACACUAGAGCUUUGACAAAAGAGAGACAAAAAAAGGAUAACCACAACCUCAUUGAAAGAAGAAGAAGGUAUAAUAUUAAUUACCGAAUCAAGGAGCUUGGCACUCUUAUUCCAAAGUCUAAUGAUCCUGAUAUGCGCUGGAACAAAGGAACCAUUCUAAAAGCAUCAGUGGAGUACAUCAAGUGGCUACAAAAAGAACAACAGAGAGCCCGAGAAUUAGAACACAGACAGAAGAAAUUAGAGCAGGCUAACAGGCGACUUCUCCUCCGGAUUCAGGAACUAGAAAUUCAGGCUCGUGCUCAUGGUCUGCCAACCCUGGCUUCGCUUGGCACAAUUGAUUUAGGUGCUCACAUCACUAAACAACACAGCCAUCCUGAGCAGAAUUCAGUAGACUAUUGCCAACAACUGACUCUGUCUCAAGGGCCAAGCCCUGAGCUCUGUGAUCAAGCUAUGGCCUUCUCUGAUCCUUUGUCACACUUCACAGAUUUGUCAUUUAGUGCUGCAUUGAAAGAGGAACAAAGAUUGGAUGACAUGCUAUUGGAUGACACAAUAUCUCCGUUUGGAACAGAUCCUCUGCUAUCUGCCACUUCCCCUGCAGUUUCCAAAGAGAGCAGUAGGAGAAGUAGCUUUAGUUCAGAUGAUGGUGAUGAGUUAUAAGAAAUGAACAGGCUCAAUUCAUCAACUGGGAAGCAGUUCUUUGCUGGUGCUAUGCAGUUGUGCUCUGUGUUUCAUAUUUUGCUUUGGCUCAAUAUUUCCGAAAGGUAUUUGUUGAUUAUGAAAAAUUGAUUGAUUAGAAGCAACGGAAGAAUUUGCAGAAAGAAAGAAAUGUGGUGUUAAAGAAUUCUUGAGGGCCAGAAAAGAUAUUUAACUCUGACUACAGAGUACAAAUCUUAAAUUUUGUCUUCCUGGAAAGAGGUACAGCAUAAGAAAUCAUUACUGAUAUUUUAAAAACAUUUCUUGGUGAUGUACCAUUGAAACUCAUGACUGUAAACCGGAUGAAAUAUAUAAACUUUCUCUUAGUCAUUCAUGUCCAUCUUCUCUUCAACUCUUACAACAUCGGUUUUCAGAAAUCAAAAUCAGCCUAUCUUGUGGUUAUUGUCUCUCUCCAUUGUCUAGAGGAUGUGUUGUCCAAAGUUCAAGGCUUAUAGGGGAAAUCACUGUGAAAUAAUCUGUUACUUGUAAUUGAAAAGUGAAUCUACAGUAAACAUGAGAAUUUUCCAUAA